UAUGGCAUAAUUUUUUAGAAUAUUAAUGUUUAUAUCAAAUGCAGUUUUUUAAACGGAAUACAAACAUUUUUGUAUAAAUUGGUAUCAUAAUAAAUAAUUUUUAAUAUUUUAUUUCAGCUUCGGCAAGUAAUGUUUAAAUUUUAUGAAUUACAAUUAAUUUUACACUCAAUUAACUAGUAAUAUAUAAAAUGAAUCUUGCCGGUACUUUUUCUGUGUACAUCGGUAUUUUGUUAAUUAUUUGUGAAUUUUCAUUUACAUUAAUGUUAACAUCUGGAUUUAAUAAAAUUGGUUCCAUAAUAGAAAAUAUACAAUGUAAUUUUGUGGAAUGUUGUACGAACGAAUAUAUUUUCUCUGACAUUGAUAAAUUAGAUGAAAUUUUUAAUAAAGAACUUUAUGGUCAAGAAAUGGCUCAACAUGUAAUUAUAAAUGCUUUACGUGCACAUUUAACUUCAAAUAAUCCUUCAAAAGCUUUAGUUAUGAGCUUUCAUGGUCCACCAGGAACUGGCAAAACUUAUAUAAGUCAAAUGAUUGCUAAGUUUCUUUAUAAAAAGGGUGAUCAAAGUAAAUUUUAUCAUUUUUUUAAUGGUCGUAAUGAUUUUCCUCUGCAAGAUAAAGUAAAUGAAUAUAAGGAUGAAUUAUACAAAAUUAUUAUUAAUAGUUUACAAAAAUGUGAAAGAUCAAUGUUUGUGUUUGAUGAAGUGGAUAAAAUGCCAGAAGGUUUACUGAAUGUUCUUGUACCAUUUUUGGAUUAUAAUACAUGGAUCAAAUCAUGGAGACUUGCAAGUUCUAUAAAUGCAAGGAAAGCAAUUUACAUAUUUUUAUCUAAUACAGGUAGUUCACGAAUUACGCAACGUUUAUUAACACUUUGGGAAGAAGGUAGACAGAGGCAUACAACUAAGCUUCAAGAUUUUGAAAAUUUAAUAAGUGUUGGAGCAUUUAAUGAAAGGGGUGGUUUCUACCAUAGUGAUACAAUAGAUUCUAAUGUUAUAGAUCAUUAUAUACCUUUUUUACCACUUGAAGAAGUGCAUGUGAAAAAAUGUUUAAACAAAAUUUUCAUAGAUAGAGGAAUAUAUCCUACUAAUGAGAUGAUAGAAGAAGCAUUAUCAUAUGUGAUCUUUGGACCACCUCCACAUAAUAUUUAUGCAACUACUGGCUGUAAAAGACUAGAACAAAAAGUAGGUACUAUUAUAUAUGCCAAUAAAAAGCAUAAAUUAGAACUUUAAAUAUAUAUAAAUAUUGUAUUUUUAUG